AUUGGAUGGUUCAGGCCUAUGUCAUUCUUUCAUUCCAUCAAGAAUCAAUCACUCAUGUAACGAGCCCUGAAAUGGCUUCAAAGAUCAUUAUCUUCUCUGCCAUCCUGGCCAGCGUAAGCGCUGGAAUCGCGAAACAUCCCACUGAAGCAUCUCAUAAUUCAGCACCUCAAUCGUUCAGUUACAGCUUCAUGACCCGUAGGUAUCCAGCUCCGGUUCAGAAACAGAAACCCACACAACCUACCCCGGUGGCUAACAAGUCCGAGCCAGUUACUCAUACAGUGGAAGUCAUUCCUGAUCCACAUGAUUACAGUAAUGUACCUGUAUUUUCCUACAAUGACUACGAAUAUUCUCCAUUGAUCUCCACCGCGGUCGUUGCCACGGGUCAACCCCAGCUAUACUUCGUUUCCAACGCUGCCUCUAAAGUCUUCGAUUAUGACUAUGCCUCGCUCAACGAUUUCGGGCAUUAUACCUACUAAAUUGUGAUAUUA